GCGAGGCCACACGAGCAGGUCCCCUCUAUUCGGACGGGUGAGACUAGCGCUCCAUGCCUGCGGGCGCGGGGAGGCGUGGCCUCCCUCUAGGCCGCCACCUCUGUUGGCUGCUCUGCGCUUUCUCCUUCAAACUCGGCCAAGUAGAGGCUUCAGAGCCAGAGGAGAAACUGUCAGUAAGCACUUCGAAUUUGCCGUGCUGGCUGGUGGAAGAGUUUGUGGUGGCAGAAGAGUGUGCUCCAUGUUCUAAUUUCCGGACUAAAACCACCCCUGAGUGUGGUUCCACAGGGUAUGUAGAGAAAAUCACAUGCAGCUCAUCUAAGAGGAAUGAGUUCAAAAGCUGCCGUUCAGCUCUGAUGGAACAACACUUAUUCUGGAAGUUUGAAGGGGCUAUCGUGGGUGUGGCCUUGGUCUUUGCUUGUCUUGUCAUCAUUCGUCAGCGACAGUUGGACAGGAAGGCCCUCGAAAAGGUCCGGAAGCAAAUCGAAUCCAUAUAGCUACAUUCUACCCUUUCGUCUUGGAUCUCAGAGACCCUAUCUCUGAUGGAGAAAGUGAGAUGGACUGAUUUGCACCCUUGGUUCUUGGGAGCCUUGUGGUGGUGUCCCCUUCUCCCAUAUUCCUCUUUCAGAUCAUUAAUGAGUGAAUAAAAAGAGUAAAAUAGU